UCGCCGACCCACUAUGCCGUCUCGGCCGCACUCAACCCUCUGGCCUCCACUUCCUCUCUUCCCUUCCCCCACAGUCCAUUCAUUACUCUUCCUGGACUGGAUUGAACUUUUUUCUUUUUGAUUCCUUUAGUGUUUGAGUAUUAAAGCAUUCGAUGGCUUUUUUAAACUGUUUAUCGUUUUCUUGACUGUAGAUGAUGGAUGAUUCUUGUCUCUCUCUUUCUCUGAUGGUGAUACUGUGUUCUUGCGUCCCGUUGAUGUAGGUUAUGUUUUUGAUGAUAGAGACGUUUUUGACUUACAAUGAGCACACCAAGAAACGGCAUUUCCAAGCAUCAGAGAGCUGACAAAGUUUCUGGUCAAGGAGGGCCAUUUUGGAUCCUAAUUGCUGAGGGAGCCUUGUUGAGUACUUUGUCCAUUCGCUUUGGCUACAAGCUUAAGCAGUCGCUUGAUUUUAAACCUCGACAAUCUAAUGCCUCUGCUGGAUUAAAAGCCAAUGGAACAUCUGAGAGGCCCAAAUCUGUAGGUUGUUGUUUGCACUCACACACGUCUUCCUCUGCACAUAAGAAUGAUUAUUCCUGCUUCCACUCCAUUCCAGGAACUGUGAAUGUGGAUGGAAAAGAGGAGACAAACGAGCAAAUGGUAUCGGCAUCUGACACUUCACUGCCUCUUGUGAUGGUUCCUGCUCCAUCUUACAGCAAAGAGAAUGGAGUGAUGUGGACUUCUUCUCCUGAUCGCUUGGAACUACCCCCGAGACCAUACAAUCACCAUUCAACCUGCUCGGAUUCACCUUGCGUAUCUGAAACCAAAAAAUCCACAGCAAAGAGAAUGGGUCGGUCUGGAGCAGGUGGAGCAGGAGGAAAGCAUCAUCCUUUUGUUUACAAGGUACAAAGUCACAGAUUCAAAUGCAUAUAUAUACUUAAGGAUUCUAUAAUAGAAACACCAUUGGAAAUACAUUUUCCAUUUGGGUCCUUAACUAUUCCCCAAAACAUAAAAAAUAUUAAUCUAAUUCUAAGGACUCUAAUGGUGGGUAACACCAUUGGAGGUGCUCUAAGAAGCCUAUACAUUUUUUCGAAGGUCUUGAACUAAGACGUAUAGUCAAGUUGAAGAGAAAAGAUUUAAUAUGUUCUCAGAUUAAAGUCCUGCAACUGAGAUUGACGUAUUAUACAUUGAAUUAUCCUCCAAUGGCACAUCGAUACUCGUAUGGUUCGUUACUAUCUUCGAGUUAGGUAAGGAUGGUAUUUCAGAAAUUUCAAUAUAGAUUAAAGUCAAUCACUCUACGGCUACAAAUUUUCUGAUCAUUGUUUUACAUAUAUGUUUAAGAUUUAACCAUUCUAGAUCGGAGACAAGAGAUGGAUUUUAAUACUACCAUUCAAAAACCAUCCAUCUCAUCCGAUAUCUACAUUGAUGUAAGCCAAUCUUAAAGUUUCGAUUGGAAUUAAUUUGGUUAAAUCUACGUUGGAC